CUGUGAGGCGCACCGGCUCCAUAGACAGAAACAUCGCAUUAUGGCCUCGCUCUGAGCCUCCUGAUGCGACAGUUGUGUACAUACCUAACCGGCAAUCCGUCACCAUCGACGCCCUGAUCAUGGACCUCCAGUCCAGAGGCUUUUUUCGGGGCCAUCGGAGUUGUCAAUAGUACUCCCAAAGUACUAUAUUAUUUGAUUUUGAGCACUGUCACUUUUGCACGCCCGGGGAUUUAAACCGAGGUGACAGUAGUAGCACUCACCCCAUCUGCCGGUCAGCUAAGCUAGCUCGCUAAGUCCAUAGCCAAGAAGGGCAUCACUUUUCUUUUGGAGUAAAGGACAAGGAAACUACAACACCACUACUUUCAUUAACAGAAGACUGAUCAAAGGCUGAUUCCCCGAGUUCCCAUCUAACUACAUAUUCACUAUUGAUUGCUGGCUGGCCACACAAAGCCACCCUAAUGCAGAACCACAAAAGAACGUGAAAUGAACAAACCACCACAGCCUAUAGCGGGACCCACCUCCGUCCCAAACCCUUCCCCUUCCCCUGGAUUGACACAGGCCGCCUACGGUCCUGGACAACCCCCUUCUCUUGUCUUUGCCUCCCCCCCACCUCAACAAAUGAACUCUGCACCGCAACCAAGACAGUUUGCUGCAGGCCCCCGUACUUUACACCAACAGAGUUACUAUCAGAACCGACCAGCAAUGGCCGCGAGUGCUCCAAGGCUGCAGACGAGUAGUGGCCCCCGACCUGUCGGACCCACUCACGUCUACCCGCCCAACUCCCAGAUGAUGAUGAUUUCCCAGCAGCAGCUGUCUUUUGCUGGCUCCCCUCAGGGAUACUUCAUCCCCCCUGGACAGUACCGGGCCCCAUAUAUGCCUCCUACUCAGCAGUAUCCAGUGACCACCGCUACAGCAAGCUUCUACCCGGGAACUAGCCCUGCUGAAUACCCUGCUUAUGCAGGAGCAUACUAUCCAGCACAGCCGCAGUACUCCCCAGCUGUCCAGCCGGCACCAGUCAUGAUAAACCCCGCCCAGCAACAGCAACAAGCCCCGCCUCCUCAGCAACCACCGGCACCGCCACAAGGGCCACCAAAGAGGGAACGCAAAACGAUAAGGAUACGAGACCCCAACCAGGGCGGGCGUGAUAUCACAGAGGAGAUCAUGUCGGGUGGAAGAUCCACCACCACACCGACCCCCCCACAGGCUUCCACAGCAGAAUCGAGUCCUGCGCAGACAAACGGAGAAGUUACACAGCCAGCCACUACAGUGACUAGAAUAGAUGACAACACUGAGCCUCCUGUGAGCGCUGAAACCCCCCCACCUCCUGCCACAGCAGAAUCAGAGCCUGUGGAGGAAGACCAACAGGAAUCGGAUGACCAGAUGACACCGCCUGCUGAGUUAGCCGCACAAUCUGUAGCCCCUGCAGCCGCCGCUGAGGUGCCACCCCCAUUGAAAAAGGACCUGCCGUCUCCCUCCCCCCCCCCCUGCAGCAGCAGCAGCGCAGCAGCAGCAGAGCCUACUACUACUCCAGUUGAGGCCGAAAACACAGUUGAUACUAAAGUAAGUGACACGGUAGACGCUCCUGUCAGCCCUUCAGCAUCAUUAGCAGCAAAAGAGGCGCCUGUCAGGAAGGAAGAACCACAGGCUGCCCCUGCUCCCGCUGAGAAGGUACUAGAAAAGGAAGAAAAGAAAAUGGAGGAGGUGAAGAAAUCUGAGAAAGAGGAGCAGGUGGCCAGCGCUAAGUUGGAGCCUGCCGUUGAGCUUGCUGCAACGGUUACCCCCGAAAAAGAAGCAGAAGAAGAGACGGCUACAAAGACAGAAACAGAGGUCUCUCCACCUCCGCCCUCUGCAGAGGAACCUGCUGCUGCUCAGACUCAGAGCGUCGCCCCGAGCUCUGAACCUGCUGCUGCUCAGACUCAGAGCGUCGCCCCGAGCUCUGAACCUGCUGCUGCUCAGACUCAGAGCGUCGCCCCGAGCUCUGAACCUGCUGCUGCUCAGACUCAGAGCGUCGCCCCGAGCUCUGAACCUGCUGCUGCUCAGACUCAGAGCGUCGCCCCGAGCUCUGAACCUGCUGCUGCUCAGACUCAGAGCGUCGCCCCGAGCUCUGAGCCUGAACCCACACCGGCUGAGGCAGCAGAGCCUCUCCUCUCCAACGGUCUUCCUCAGGACGCUGAGGAACUCGCUGAUGAUGUGGCAUUAACAGACACUACACCCCUUGAAAAGCCUGAAGCGUCGCAAUCUCAGGAAUCCGCACCUGUGGCUAAAACGGCAAUGCCUGCCCAGGAGGAGGUAGAAGAGGAGGAGGAGGAGGAGAAGAAAGAGGAGGAGAGUAAGGAGACAAUUGAAGAUGCCCCUCCUGCCGCUGUAAGCUGCCCUACAGAGGAAUCCACUAUGCAAGCUGCAACGUCCGUGCCAAAGAAGAGGAAGAACAUGAAGGAGCUCAACAAGAAGGAGGCCAUCGGAGACCUCCUGGACGCCUUCACAGAGGAGCAAGAAGCCAAGCCUGCUCCCGAACCCUCGUCCGCUCAGGCCGACCCGGCACCUGUUGCUCCGCCCGCGCCUCCUGCUGAAGUUGUGGAUGAAACCUGGGAGGAGAAGGAGGACAAGCAGAGCGAUAAACCUAAAGCAAAAACUGAGCCAACUGAGGCGAAAUACCAGUACAAAGAAGAACAAUGGAAGCCGAUAGACCCAGAAGACAAGAAGCGGUACGACCGGGAGUUCCUCCUGGGCUUCCAGUUCAUCACCGCCAGUAUGAACAAACCUGACAACCUGCCCACCAUCAGUGACGUGGUCCUGGAAAAGGCAAACAAGACUCCGAUGCGGCCUCCUGACCCAGCUCGCAUGAUGAAUGUCGGUCCUGAUUUUACCCCCUCUUAUUUGGGGAACCUCGGAAGCAGAUCGACGGGGGGACCCCGAGGCCCACCACCGGGCGGGUCGGGCCACGUCGGACCGGGCCACGUCGGACCGGGCCACGUUGGGUCGGGCCACGUCGGACCACGCCGCUCCCAGCAGGGUCCGAGGAAAGACACCAGGAAAAUCUUCACCAGCUUGUCCCUCGGGGAAGACAUACAGCUCAACAAGGCUGAGAAGGCCUGGAAACCCGGGGUAAAGAAGUCCACACAGAGCCACACCGAAGAGGUGGCCGAAGACGACGACCCCGAACUGGCGAAGACUGCCGAGCUGUUCAAGCGUCUGCGCAGUAUCCUCAACAAGCUCACCCCUCAGAAGUUCCAGGAGCUGAUGAAACAAGUGCAGGAUCUGACGAUAGACACCGAGGAGAGGCUGAAGGGAACCAUUGACCUCAUCUUUGAGAAGGCCAUCUCAGAACCCAACUUCUCUGUGGCCUACGCCAACAUGUGCCGCUGCCUUAUGGGGUUGAAAGUCCCUGCCACAGACAAACCAGGAGUUUUAGUGAACUUCCGCAAACUGCUGCUCAACCGCUGCCAGAAAGAGUUUGAGAAGGACCAGGACGACGAUGAAAUCUUUGAGAGGAAGCAAAAAGAAAUGGAGGUUGCCAAAGAAGGAGAGGAGCAAGAGCGCCUGAGAGUGGCGCUGCAGAACGCCAGAGACCAGGCCCGCCGCCGCUCAAUGGGUAACAUCAAGUUCAUCGGAGAGCUCUUCAAGCUGAAGAUGCUGACGGAGGCCAUCAUGCACGACUGCGUAGUGAAACUGCUGAAGAAUCAUGAUGAAGAGUCUCUGGAGUGUCUCUGCAGGCUGUUCUCCACCAUCGGCAAAGACCUGGACUUUGAGAAGGCCAAGCCUCGCAUGGAUCAGUAUUUCGCCCAGAUUGACAAGAUCAUCAAAGAGAAAAAGACUUCAUCCAGAAUCCGCUUCAUGUUACAAGACGUCUUGGACCUCCGAAGCAGUAACUGGGUGCCGCGUAGAGGAGAACAGGGGCCGAAAACCAUCGACCAGAUCCACAAGGAGGCAGAGCUGGAGGAACAAAAGGAAAUGAUGAAAGUCCAGCAGAUCAUGUCCAGGGGAGGAGGAGGAGGAGGAGGAGGAGGAGGAGGAGGAGGUGGUGGUGGAGGAAGAAGGGACAUGGGAGGGAACAUGGGGGGCCGAGGCUCUCACCCACAGGGGGGCCGCGGGACCAGCCAGCCUCAGGACGAGGGCUGGAACACGGUGCCCAUCUCCAAGAACAGACCCAUCGACACCACCCGCCUCAGCAAGAUCACCAAGCCUGUUAAUCUGGACUUCAACAAUCAGCUGCUGGCUCCAGGGGGAAAAGGCAUGUGGGGCAGCUGGGGCAAAGGCAGCAGUGGAGGAACCGGAGCCAAACCAGCCAUCGGAGAGCCGGAGCCUGGUCGUCAAUCUACCAGCACCGUCAACCGCUUCUCAGCGCUGCAGCAGUCUGGCUCCGCGCCGCCUGCCACGGACUCUGAUCGCAGAGCUCCUCAGAGCUCGAGCCGUGAGCGUGGCGGGGAUCGCUUGGAACGAUCGGAUCGCAGCGAGGGACGGGGGGGUCGUGACGACAGCAGCAGUCGCAACCAAAUCAGCAAGAGGAGCUUCAGCAGAGAGUCUCAGGAGCGCGGCGGGAGGACCGGAGACCUGCGGGCGGCCACUGAGGCGGUGCGGCGCGUCGCCAGCAUGACUGACGACCGGGACCGAGGAAGUCGGGAUCGUGGAAGCCAAGAUCGUGGUAGUCAGGAUCGUGGUAGUCGGGAUCGAGGUAGUCAGGAUCGAGGUAGUCGGGAUCGAGGUAGUCAGGAUCGAGGUAGUCAGGAUCGCGGCAGUCGGGAUCGAGGUAGUCAGGAUCGAGGUAGUCGGGAUCGAGGUAGUCGGGAUCGCGGCAGUCGGGAUAGAGGAAGUGAAGACCGGGCCCCAAGCAAAGAGCUCCCAGUUAAGCGUGAGAGCGCUCCCACUCCUCCUCCUACUAUUUCAAAACCUGCCUUGAGUGAAGAUGAGUUGCAGAAGAAGUCGAACGCCAUCAUCGAAGAAUACCUCCACAUUAAUGACUUGAAGGAGGCGUUGCAGUGCGUGACUGAACUCGGCUGCUCCUCGCUGCUCUACGUGUUCGUGCGGAGCGGCGUGGAGUCGACGCUGGAGCGCAGCACCAUCGCUCGACAGCACAUGGGCAUGUUGCUGCAGCAACUCAUAAAGGCCGGCGCACUGCCCACGGAGCAAUACUACAAAGGGUUAGAAGAGACCCUGGAGAUUGCUGAAGACAUGGCCAUAGAUAUACCUCACAUCUGGCUCUACCUGGCUGAACUCAUCACCCCCGUGCUCCAUGAGGGAGGCAUCCCUAUGGGACAGCUCUUCAGGGAGAUCUCCAAGCCUCUGGUGCCUCUGGGCCAGGCCGGCGUUCUGCUGAUACAGAUCCUCAAGCUGCUCUGCAAAGAAAUGACCCCUAAGAAGGUAGGGGCCAUGUGGACAGAGGGGGAUCUGAAGUGGAGCGAGUUCCUGCCCGAGGGCGACGACGUCGACGAGUUUGUCACCGAGCAGAAAAUGGAGUUCACCAUUGGAGAGGAGACGGAGGAGAAGAAAGACGAGGAGAAGGACGCCCUCACUGGAGAGGAGAUCAGCAAACAGCUGGAGAGACUCAUCCAGGACAAAGCCAACAACCAGCGCGUCAGAGACUGGGUCGAGGCUAACUUGGACGACCAGCUGACCACUUCCAACCAGUUCAUACGAGCUUUGAUGACGUCCGUGUGUCAGUCUGCCAUCAUCUGUGACACCCCGUACCGGGUGGAUGCUAAGCAGAUCGGCCAGAGGGCCAGUCUGCUGCAGAGAUACCUGUGUGACGAGCAGAAGGAGCUGCAGGCGCUCUACGCCCUCCAGGCUCUGAUGGUGCACAUGGAGCAGCCAGCCAACCUGCUGCGGAUGUUCUUUGACGCCUUGUACGACGAGGACGUUAUCAAAGAGGAGGCCUUCUACAAAUGGGAAACCAGCAAAGACCCUGCGGAGCAAACGGGCAAAGGUGUGGCCUUAAAAUCAGUCACCGCCUUCUUCACCUGGCUCCGCGAGGCCGAGGAGGAGUCUGACAAAGAAUAAAAAGAGUGAACUGAAAGCUGCCGCCCCCCUUUGGCGACGUGGGGGCUCUGCAGGCGGCUGCAGAGAGUCAUGGACAUUAUUGCCAUAGAGGCAGACUCAAAUCAAUCCUCAAUGAGGAUAAAUCUUUAUUAUUUUUUCUUUUCUUUGAGGGAUGGACUCAGAAAACAAUCAUUUCUCUCUACCUUCCCUCUCUUGCUUCCUCAUUAUUCCCCCCACCUGCUUGUCAAAGCAAGUGUCCUCAUCAAAUAAACUUGAAAACUGAUGCAGCAGGAUUGCUUGUUAAUGAGGUGUGAAGUAUCUCACAUCACUACAGAACUGUUUUCUCACAAUAAUACAAACCGACAGGCUGCUUUUUUAUGGUUCUAGAUAAUUCUAAUGCCUAACAUCCUAUCUGAUCUUUAAGAAUAACAGCAGGGCGUGUGGUGUAGUGGUUCCCUGAAACGUCAUGCCAUAAUGUGUGUUCAACCCAAACUCAGCUCUUAUGUCUUUGUCCCUUACUGGAGUGUGCAGCAUGACUGAAGUGUGUUUCUAUUAAUGAUACAGUGGACGAAACGUCGAUAGACAAAUGUACAUGAACUAAUCUUAAUUUGUUGGAUGGAGUUUUUAAAGCAAAGGUUGUCUAUUUUCUCUUCCUGUUUCGCAACAUGAACUUACAAAGGACAGAAACAUGGCGGACCGGUGUUGAUCUUUGACCUUCACUACUGGGGGGGGGGGGUCUUAAUGCUUCCUCUAAGCCAUCCUCUCCCAUCCCCAGUGGUGAGCCACACUGACUGACUUCUCAUCUUUACCUCUUCUAUACUUAAACCUGAGCUGUCGUAGAGGACUAAUGACCCAAUCACCCUUAAAACUUGAAAUCUACAGAUAAUUGACUUGAUGAAAAUAUAUAAAGUACAAAAAAAACAGCAACACAGAAAUGAUCCGAAAGCCUUUUCUACAUCAAGUGGAAACUUAUUUCAGGAGCGUUCUGUAAAUAUAUAAUAAUAAUUAAAAAAAACUUCUUUUUUCAGUUUUAUUUUUCAGAAGCGAUAAAUUGCUGAUUUAAUUGCAGUGUAACCUUUUCCAACAGAAACCGCAGUUAUCCGGAUGCAGAGAGGUGCUUUAGAUAAUCCAUUGAUUAUUAGUUGUAUUGGAAUUUUGUAAAUAUUUUUUUGCUUUCUUUAUUUAAGAAAUUAUGCUUCUUUUGCAUCGGAAACUGGAAAGAUGAGGUAACAGAACAUUGCAAAUAAAGGACUUAUUAAGUUGCUGAGAAGAGUU